AUGCGUCACGGGGAAGAAGACCAGCACGUCAAGAUGCAGGGGAGCUUAGAGGCUCUCCAUCUUGGAAGCGGAAAUUCUCGGUGUUUCACUUCAUCGCAGGCCGCCGGGCAGGGAGAAGAUCCGUUCUCCUCGCGCAUGUCCGCUGCGAGCACUCAGGACCUCUCGUCACUCUGUCCACCUGAGGCGUCAAGUCUUCUUUUCGCAACUCCUUCUGUCAACGCUGUCCACUCCUCGUCUUCUUCCUCUUCGUCAUCGUGGACCUCUUCUUGCCCUGGAGAAGCCGGCAAAAUGCAUUCGCCAGCUAGGAAGAACGGCGACUCGGGUCAAGGAUUUUCUUCUGUGUGGACGGCAUUCGACGAAGACGACACGCUCUUUCAACAGCCUUCGAGCAGCAACCCCAACGAAAGCUUUGCUGCUAACGCGAAGCCGUCUCUCUUCUUAGGUUCUUCCCUCUCUCCACGAGGCGCCGUCGCGUCUGAUGUGCGGCUACGCUCGCCAGUCGCCGCAGGCGACACCCUGUUUCCGGGGGUCUUGUCGCCACGACUGCGGUCGGAGCUGGGGCGCGAGGGCUGCGCGGGAGCGGACAGUUGGGAUCCAAAAGAGACACCGGAAGAGGCAGGAGACAGAUUUCUGAAGGAGGAGGAUUUCUGUCCGUGGGUGGACGCGUCGUCGUCUCGGGAUCGUGGCGUUGACGCCGCCGCUGCUUUUCCUUUCGCGUCGCCGUCUGCCUCAUCUCCUCGAGAGCUUCCACUGCCUUCAGGCUCUGGGUCGCCGAUCUCUGGGGUGGUCACUUCGUUCUCAGACCCUGCCGGGGCGUCGCCCGCCGUCGGCAUAUCUGCCCCAUCGGCGCAUGCAGAUCUGGACAUUCGGAACUCGAAGGCAGAGGGAGACUCUUCCUGCACUCUUCAGGCGCGUUCUGGGAGUUCUGCUGCAUCAGAACAGGGCGAAUCGUCAACGGGUGAACCGAAAGUUGGUGAAGGGGGGACGGCGCCUGAGGAAGGAACAGGAGAAGGAAAUGCAGAAGGACGGGACGGCAUCGGUGACGGUGCGAAGCACGCCGACGAGGAGUCUGUCUCUCCAUCGCAGUGUCACGGGUUGUCGCAUCCUGCGACUUCUUGUUCUCUCUCUGGUCUCCCUCUCGCUUCGGCCUCUUUUUACCCAGCUGCGUCCUCCCUCACUGCGGGGAAAGCAGCCUCGAGAGGCACUCCCUCGGGUGCUAAAGGUCUCCUCACUCUCCCGGUCUCUCCUGUCCUUUUUCAAGAUGAGAAAGGGUACCCUGAAGGCAUGCCCAACUCCACCUUCUCUCCGUCUCGGCAAGAGUCUGCAAGCCCGCAAGAAAGUGCCACUGGAGAGAGGAGAGAGAGCGAAGAAGGCAAGCAGCUAGAACACGAGCCAGAGGAGGAAAGGGAAGGGCGCGCGAGGGAGCCGGCGCGGGGCGAAACCGAAUCUCCUGUCUCGAGCUCCUCGCCUCUCGCGUCGGCGUUCUCGCCGCCGAGAACUCGAGAGGGAGAGGGAGAGGAAGAACAAGAUUUCCCGAUCGAAGAAGGGAGACAAACCGAGGAUGUCGCGGAGAAAACCACGGGGGCCCUACCCUCUUGCGAGGGCGAGUCUUCAGUUCCCCGUGGGGGAGUGCUCCCUGCUUGCCCCUCGCCUCCACCUCCACCUGCUUCCGACGCCGCUGACCUCUCCACCGAUCCUGAAAGCGUUUCGUCGGCUCCCUGCUCUCCUUCCUCUUCUACUCUGUCUAGCGCCCGGCGUCGGCUGGACAUGGUGGACGAUGCGGAGGCUCGUUUGAUGUUGUCGACGCUGAUGCAUCCAGACGACCAAGAGAGCCGGAGGUUUCUUCAACAGGUCCAGCAAAACUCGGCGGCAGCUGCCUCCUCGCUGCCGCAACCGCAUGCAGACUCGGGUCGCGCCUCGCCUUCCGAGCCGUCGGGCGGCUUCUGGAGUGCCGGGGGCUGGGGCGGUCGUAGUCGAGAUGUUUCUGUCUCCUCUUCUCCCUCUGUCUCUCACGCGGCAUCUCCGCCAGCCGGCGCCUCCCGGUUUCUGUUUCGAGCGCUGAACUUUGGCAUUCCAGGAUUCCGGAGUGCGCGGCAGGAAGAGAAAGGCGGAGACGAAGAGGGCGGGCGACAGUCCAGCGACGGUCGCGAACGGCCGGCGACUUUGAGCGAAGCCACGACCGAGUUCGAACGCCUCCUCGAGGCCCAACAACCGGCAACCAGAGCCGCGCCCAAGGAUCCCGACGGACUCGCGCGAGAAGCGCCUUCCAGGGCUUCUGGUAUCUCUGCGAUGGAGCGGAAGCGUGUGGAGGACGGCGAGGAGCCUGGAGAUACGCGGCUCGACAGAGAGAGCAACGCAGGCGGUAGCGAUCUCGGCCAGAAAGCAGAGAAGAAGGAUGGCGACGCUCUGCCUUCUUCUCUUCCACCCCCUCCGGGUUCAUCAUCUACCACGCCCCGGGAGAGAAAUGCGCCAUCAGCACAACAUUCGUCGGCCAUGCCUGCGCGUCAUCCUUCGUCGCUUACGCCUUCUCCUUCUCAGGCUUCCGCCUCGUCUGCUUCUUUCUCUGCAUCUCUCGCUGCGCCGUCGCCGACCGUGUCAGGGAAGCCUCGGACGCCGUACAAUGUCUUUCUGGAGCGGCUGAAGCAUCCGUCCUGCUCAGGAGUCGUGGUUUCUGUGAAGCGCUUCGUGGAGAUGUUUCCAACGAAUCUUUCGCGAGCCGAGGCGGCUCGACGCAUCCACCCGUUUCUGUCGCAGGUCCAGGCGGCGCUGCUGAAGGCUGAGGUGUUUGCUGGUGCCAAGACGGAGAGCGAACGGCAACAGGUGAUGGAGGGUUUGGAGAGGUUCGUGUUGCAGAAACUGCAUACGAUCUUGUUUCGCGAGUCGCCCGAGGACCGCGCAGAGAAUGAGGCUUUGCGGAGGAAACUGCACUGUCUAUCCUGGGUCGAGUUCCGUCACCUGGAAGUCCCGCCGCUGCCGAACGCGUCGGCCCUGGCGCUCGGCGCGCGGGAGAUCGAGAGACUCGACAAGAUGCGCUGUCCCCGCGACAAACUGGUCCUCAUUCUCAACUGCUGUCGCGUGAUCAUCGCCGUACUCGACUCCGCCAGCAAAGCCGCCGGCAGCUCCACACCGCCCGCAGCCGACGACCUUCUCCCGCUCCUGAUCUACACGCUCAUCCAGGCGAAGCCGAACUCACUCCACUCGCACAUCCAGUUCAUUUCUUUCUUCCGACACCCCUCGCGGCUCGUCAGCGAAGAGGCCUACUUCUUCACGCACUUCUGCUCCGCGGUCGAGUUCGUCAAGAUGCUUGGCCAGCCUGGAGUCACGCUGAACGACGUGAGCGACGAGGAGUACAGACGCCGGAUGGCGCAGGCUGAGGCCGAGUACGACAGAGAACGCGAGCGACAGACAGCGGUGAAGAAGGACGAGGGAGGCGAACAGAAGGUGGAGGUGAACAACGCAAACAACCUCCAAGGUUCGCGGGGGCCUGCGACCGGAAACGACGCGAACGAGAGAACCGGCAACAGCGGCGCAGCUCCAUUCGCUUCUUCCGCCCAUCCGAGUUUCUCGCAGGCCUUCAGUCUAGGGACGGAUGCGAAGAAAAUAGAGACGAAAGAACAAGAGGAGACGGGGAAAGGCAAAGAGAGAAGUCGCGAGGAAGACUUUGGCGGCGUGGCACCCGCGGCCUUGGCUGCAGCGGCUUCGGCGCUGUCGACACUGGAACAUCUCUCGUCGUCUUCUUCGCCCUUUGUCCGCGGAAGCUACGAAAGAUCGGAGAAACAGAGAGAGAUUCUCGACCUCUGCGAUGACAUUCAAAGACAGCCUCUCUCCUUCCAGGGCGUCUCCAGUGCGGACCUAAAGGUGGGGCAAAUCCCGGCGCUCCUCAAAGAGUACAACGAACUCGCAGAUUUGCUGACCAGAGCUGCGUGUCUCCUGCGCGACCCAGGAGUCGACGCGGACGCGAAACAUAGUGACAGGAAAUGA